AUGGUCGACACACCCACUUACUCGUAUUCGACGCCACCACAAAAGGUUUAUCAAUUGGUGAAUGUGACCGAUAGAGACAUGCAUGCACCCGAUGUCACACUGUCAUCUCUACAACAAAGUGGUGGACCACGUCGAAAAAGAAUAGCCCUUGUUCCAACGACAACCCUUCAAACACUACAAUCUGUACAAUUAACAAAUGGAAUAAAUAAUCAAGAUCCGUCCGUUUCUGGACGAUCAUCAAUAAGGAAUCGCAUUGGGGCUGAAGAAAUGGUUCUUGAUGAUGGAAUACAAGAGAGCACAAUUGUUAUCGACUAUACACCAACUUACAACGAUCCACAGGAUAUGAUCGAGAUCGAUCCAAAUGGAUCUCCCGGUCCACAGGAUAUGAUACUUGAGGGUGAUUCGCCCGGUAUAUCAACAAUGAUUAUUGGUGGUCAUCAGCACAUGGUUUCUGGAAGUAUUCUUCGACCUCGAUCUCCACCUCCAAGUCAUAUCGAUUAUGAACAGAAUGAUGCCCAAUACAAUGAUGAUCUUCGUUUCCAAACUCUCAUUACUUCAAAAUUAGUCUUGCUUGAUGAGCAGAGUAAAGCGGUAAUGAAGUUCCACAUUCAGCGUAUUCUAUACGAAGCUCGAUUUGGACCAGGUUCGGCGAGAUUGAUUCGUGAUGAAGAUCAAGAGCUCUCAGCCGAUGCACACACAGAAGCGACUCAAUCUGUUUCUCAUGAAUUGGUGCCGAAUGAUUCAAAUGAUUCCCAC